GUUUUACAAUCAGUUUGAGCUCUGUUCAAAAGAACCAGUGUCUUUCGCAGCAUCAGCCGGUUCGGACUGCCACUAAACUUCCGGAAACCACAAAACCAGCAUAAGAUGAAACUUUUGACGAUUGGAAUUUUUGUGAUUUGCGGCGUGAUUUCUCAUGCUGAAGUUUUAAGAGUUUCCCCAAAACUUGUGGAGUUGGUGCCCACGAUAAAUCAAGAAAAUUAUAUGCUAAUGCCAAUCGAUGACAAAUUCAAUCUGUCUUUAGAUGCUCCUGAAGGCGGUUACCGGAAGGAAGAAACAAAACUACUUAUAGAUGAAAAUGGAAACAAAGUACUUGCAGUGAAAGGUCGUCUCAACUUGUUUUAUGACGACGCUCCAUUCGAUGUAAUAGUUAUAUACGAGGCUGACGGAAAGGGCUACAGAGCGAAAUAUAUGUAUGUUCCAAAGCUAGCUAAUACGUCAGUGUUAGCUAGCGCCAGCUUUUUAAAGAGCGCUGCAGGUUAAGAUAGAAAAAAAGGCAGAACAAAUUAAAAUACAGCAAUAUUUUAAAUUUUAGUUUCUGUUUACUAAAUUCUUCUAACGGUUUAUUUUUGCGCAUGACGUGUGCUAUACUAGCAAACAUUAGUCCCGCAUUGGUGUGACAAAUGUAUCCAUAUCUGUCGUAUCUUAACCAACCAGUUGCUACAGAGUAAUAUAGUUUUGUUCACUUAACGGUUGUACGUAUCACCCAAAACUAAGCGAGAUAGAUAUAGGAUGAGAUAGAUAAAAUAUAGUCGAUACUUCCCCAACUUCCAUAUACUACAUAUAAUGGUUUUCGUUUUUCUGACAAACCUUAUACGUCUGUCAGUAUACGAGUUAUAUAUAAUAUAUGUAUGUAUGUAUUUAUAAAGUUGCUUGGAUUUCGAUCCACUGGUUAACGUCUUAGAUCAUAAAGUAUUUCUCUGGCUUUGAUUCUUGUAAGUUACAAGAGUAUAAAAUGUUUUGUUGCACCCGAACUUAGCCCUUCCUUACUUAAUACGAUUCAAUUUGUGAAAUAAUAAUUCGUUAUUUAUUUAUAAUUUCUUUGCCAUCUGUAUGCAUCUAC